UCUUGGCGCCCUUUACGUCCUAAUCCAGUUCUCUCCAUUCCCCUCCCGUUGCCACUUUCUUCUUUGGAUAAUGGCACAAGGGUCUACUAAUUACAUUAGGGGAAAACAUUACUUAGCAUGGCGCAGUAUACAAUUAAGUCGCGCGAAACUGAAAGCAUCAAGUCGCACUUCAGCCUUACUUUCAGGAUUUGCCAUGGUUGCUAUAAUAGAAUUGAACAUUGAAGAAAGUGACGAUCACCCAGUUCCGGAGGGCUUGAUAAUUGUCUUCACUGCUCUAGCUUGUUUGCUUGUCGUUGUUCAUAUCAUGGCUCUAAUGAUAAGUACGUGCAUACUACCACAUCUUGAGUCCCAUACUAAUAUGUAUGAUCACAAAGCCGCUUCGGAAUCUCCUCACGAGAGAAUGCGCACCUAUAUAGAAAUGGCCUGGAUCUUCAGCACUGGAUUAGGAAUUUUGUUAUUCUUGGUCGUUGUGGUGAUGGCCUGCUGGGUGAAAUUUUGGACCAUCAGUAAAUGGUCAGCUGGCGUCGCAACUCUCAUAAUCGGCCCGGUGUUGCUCGUCUUUAUUAUCUUUGCUGCAUUGUUCUAUCGCAGUUUGGUCUCGCACAAAUUCGAGCAUGCCACAGAAAUGAUGAAUAAAUUGGAUUUAUUUAUGUCACAACUUGAGAACGGCACGUCCAUGCCAUACUACAAUACUGACAGUGAACUUCAUGACUCUCUACACCUUCACCAAAAUGAUUCUACUUCAUCGGGCUUCAAACCAGAAGAUAAUGGGAAAAAAGUAUCAGAAAAAGCCUGA